GAGUUUGCAGGCAAGUAAGGGUUAGUGUUGGUUUCCUUGGGAACGAUUUACAAACGAAUGGGAAGAAAAGGACAGCAGAUAUCUAUCUAACUUUUAGCGAUAGGUUUCUGCUCCAAAAACAACUACAUUGACCUGAGUGAUGAACUCUUCGACUAGCAUGACUGCCAUGAGCCAGCGCCACAGAAUGUCUCACAGCUUGUACGAGCGAGCACUCGCCAAUUUCAGGCGACAGGAGGAGAAACGUGAGGAUCAGAAUAGACAUGUGGCCGAAGAGAAGCAGAUUCAGGCCAACCUCAAGAACGAAGAGAGAGUGGAGAUGAAAAGGUAUCUGCGCAUGGUUCAAGAUGAGGAGUACGAGAGACAAAUUGAGGAAGCUUACUUGAAGGCAGAGCAGGACAGGAUGUACAAGGAGAAGCUGUUGGAGCAGGAGGAGAGGAUGGCAAAAGAACUGGCCCGCAUAAACUAUGAGAAAAUGCGAGACGAGAAAAUGAGGCAGUACAUCAAACAAAACAGUGUGGAGAUUCGGGAGUUAGAGGCAAAGCUUAAAUCCGCUUACCUAAACAGAGCCAGAGCAGCACAGAUAGCUGAGAAGGAGGCCAUGAAGUAUGAGGCCAUGAAGGAGCAAGCUGACAUUGCACGCAGGAUGAAUAGUGAACAGGAGCAAGCAGCCAUGGAGAAGGAGAAGCAGGAGCAGAGGCGCUACGAGGAAGUGGUUCGCUAUCAGCAGGAACUGGAGAAGCAGCUGGAGGAGAAGGAGAGAAAGAGACAGGAGUCGUAUGAAGAGUUCCUCAAGGAGAAACUCAUGGUGGAUGAAAUUGUGCGAAAGAUAUAUGAGGAAGAUCGCAAGAAGCAUGAGCUCCGGCUCGAAACGGUCACAGCCACACAGCGAUACAUCGAGGAGUUCAAAAAGCAGCAGGCUGAGUGGAGGCGCCUGGAGCGAGAGAAAAUGGAGGAGGAGAACCGGCGAAUUUUGGAGUAUGCAAAAUACCAGGAGAGGAAAGAAGAGGACAGGGUGGCUAGUGUAAGACAGAGAGAGGCAUCUAAGGAGAAGCUUCACAAGUUGCUGACUAAGAAGAUUGAAAAUGAACAGAGGCAGCGUGAAGAGAUGGAGCGUGUCCGUGAGGAGCUCUAUCUCGAGGAGCAGGCAGAGGCUGCAAGGCAGAAAGAAAUCGAGGAGAUGGAGCGGAGAAUCCGGCAGAGGCUGGAGCUGCAGCAGACCUGCCAGGAACAGCUGGCCUUCAAACAGCUGCGCCUUCAGGCUGAGAAGGAGGAGGAGGAAGCUUUCAGGCACACGAUGUUAGCCAAGUUUGCUGAAGAUGACCGCAUUGAGCAGAUGAACGCUCAGAAGCGGCGCAUGAAGCAGCAGGAACACAAACGUGCUGUGGAGAAGCUCAUAGAGGAGAGAAGGCAGAAAUACCUGGCUGAUAAGGAGAGAGAGGCGGAGGAGCGAGCGCUGGAACAGGAAAGAGAAACUCAGCGUCGACAGAUCAUCGAGGAGGAGAGACUGAAGCUCCUCAAGCUCCAUGCUUCAAAGCUGUUGGGGUACUUACCAAAGGGAAUUUUUAGGGAGGAUGAUUUAGAGCAUUUUGGCGAAGACUUCAAGAGCAGUUUUCGGAAACGUCAGGCUGACAUGUUCUCCGAGGAGGACUAUGGAGAGGAUGAGCAGUAACUCUUAUCUAUUUGUGACCACUAGAUGGCAGACAAUUGAUUUUACUAGUAGUUUCUUUAAAAUGAUAGUCCAAACCAGCUUUUUACAUUUGUAAAAACCCAUACAUCCGUUGGAGAAACUGUUCACAUCUUAAACAUUAAAAACACCCUGAAACAAGA